AUGUCGCCGCUCAUUCCGUUGGCAAGUCCUGCUGGGGCGGCGCUUCUUGAGGAGGCAACGACUAGACUAGACCUCAUAGCUGGCCAUCGUCGUCAGGUCGGUCUGACAAUGUGUGGGGUCCGGACGUUGUGUCUGGUCCUCAGCGCAGGGAAGGCGGUGGAGUUCGACGACACGCUCAAUGAGCACUCCAAGGACACCCACGAGCAGCAGCUCCUCGCGAAGCGGCGGGGCGAUGUCGGGCCGUCCCUGCUCGACAUUGAGACGAGCGGCAUGUCACUGCCGCAGUUUGUUGAGAUGGUGACGGACUUGGACGUUCCAGGGCUGAGCGGCGUGGACAUCCAUCACGCGGACGACUCACCGGAGCUUCGCAGCGCGGAGGACUUGCGGCGGCUACUGCUGGCUGGGAUCGACCGCCCCACCACGUUUCCCGUCGUGAACUACCACAUGACGACGCUCGGGCAGGGAACCGGUGACUUGCGUGGCCACUUCUCGCCCGUGGCGGCGUACCACGAAGACCAGGACGCGUUCUUGGUGAUGGAUACGUGGACAACCACUGAGCCAGUGUUUGCAAAAACUGCAGACCUGUGGCGAUCCAUCAACACUCCGGAUUCAGCGUCAGGGAAACAGCGUGGUGUUGCUCUCGUCACCAUCACCCCCCAGUCAACAGAUGCAGCAGUAGAAGCUCCACCGAGCAAGUGA